AUGUCCAAUCCCCUUGAUACCGAUGCUGGCUCUGAGCUAUUCAGCUCUUACGAAGCAGAGCUCAAGCUUGUUCAAGCAGACCUGCUGCAAAAACUUGAUCAGAUCCCCGAGCUGUCAGGCGAGGCUCGUAAAAGCGCCGUGGCACAAGCGGAACGGGCUUUGGAGGAGGCAGAUGAACUUUUGGAUUCCAUGCGUCUAGAAAAGCAAAACAUUCCCACUUCGUCGCGAGCAAAGGUCAACCAGCGAUUUCGCAACUACGAAGCCGAUAUCGACGCCCACCGACGAAAGCUCUCCGGUCUUGCUUCAGACCGUGCCGCUCUGUUCGGCACCCGCUAUACUGAUGAGCCUGCUGGAUCAUCUGAUCUGCAUCUUGAGCAACGUCAGCAGCUGCUGUCGGGCACCGAUCGUCUGGACAGAAGCACUCAACGAUUGAAGGCCAGCCAGGCAUUGGCCAACGAAACGGAGGCCGUUGGCGCUAGUACGCUGGCCGACUUGGAAAUCCAACGAAACAGAAUUCAGCACACGCAAAGCGUCCUGCUAAGAAGCGAAGGCUAUGUUGAUAGAAGCGUCAAGACGUUGAGAGGCAUGGCUCGGAGAAUGGCUACAAACCGGGUGAUUACCAUCGCCAUCAUUACUGUUUUGGUACUUUUGAUUGUGGCGGUCAUAAUCAGCAAGUUCAGAUGA